UAUUCUACUAAAUGUUUUGAAAAUACUUCCUAAACACUGCAAUAUGUUAUCAGCUUCACUUAUAAUUGUUCACUGGGUUAUUUGUGCAGCAUUGCCAAUAUAGUUUACUUUUUCCAAUUGUCAGCCACAUAGAAAAGUGGAAUAGUACUUACAGCAGUGUAAAGGGCACACCAUGGCCGAAUUACCGGAAAAUUUGCAAAUUGUUAAGACAGAAGGACCACAAAUACCGGAAACGGAUGCACAGCCGCGUCGCCUUAUUAAGGAGCGUCUAAAUUUGCACGUGAAACGACGUCUCCAACAAGAACAGGAACCCCAAAUACAACUGCAACAGACACAAAUAAUUACUCACCCUUCUGGGAAUCAAACACGAGAAAUAGUGACAACUGCAGCACCAGCACCAGCAGCACAACAAUCACCACAAUCAGCAAACGUGAACGUGAGUUCGACAGUAAACGACGUCACUGCGCCGACAUCAACAUCGAAAAGAAAAGAGAAACAACAACAGAAAGAACCAGCCAAAACACGCAGACCCUAUCAAAAGCGAACGGACAAAAACACCACCAAAAUACAAACACAAUCGCUGACACAAAUGCAAAUAAGUGCUGAAGAUGGCGGAAGAAGUCGCAAAAACAAACGUCACAAAGCACAGGGAACAUUGGUAGGUAACGCAGUGCCAUCGUCGGCUGGAAAUGCAGCGCAUAGUGCAAGCGCCGGUGCUUUAUGUUUAUCACCCUGCGUUGAGGAAGGUAGUGGCGGCGGUGGUGACGAAAUGGACGGUCGAGAUAUAUACUCCCGUGAUAAAGAGAAAUGCCCAGACAUCUUAGGUAUGGUUUUAAGUGGUAAAAAACGUGCUUUAUUGCAGAAUUCGGAAGUGAAGGAAUUUUUAGCUAAUAUUAUGUCCGCUUUUAAAAACUGAUACGUUGUAUCCGCUUUAAAUAUUUUUAUUAUAAAAUAAAUAUAAAUUUGAAAAUA